AUGGCCGUCUUGUUAGUGGAGGCGUCGUCAGAAAAUGCUUCUUAUCCGGCUGGCUCUACAGCUGCUGCUACUGCCGCCGCCGCAAAUGACGGUGGAUUUCUAAGAUCCCCAGAUGUUCUCAUCUAUGUCAGUGUGGUGCCAAAGAACUACCAGCAUAUUCUGGCCUUGGCAUUUGCUGUCAAGGAGAUCAAUGAGAACCCCAAGAUCUUACCUAAUAUCACCUUGGGAUUCCACAUCUAUGACAGUUACUUCGAUGAAAGGAUGACCUACCGGGCUGCUCUGAACCUUCCCUCUACACUUAUGCCUAACUACAAGUGUAACACCCAGAAACACCUGAUGGCAGUCAUUGGGGGACUGGACUUUGAUACCUCCCUCCAAAUGGCAAACAUCUUGGGCAUCUACAAGAUCCCUCAGGUUCCACCCCUUUCUGAGUGUAACCCAAAUUGCCCUCCUGGUUCCAGCAAGGAGAAGAAGGAGGGGGAGCCAUUCUGCUGCUAUGAUUGUGCUCCAUGUCCUCAAGGCAAGAUUUCGUCCCAGAAAGACAUGGUUGACUGUGUUGCAUGCCCAAAGGACCACUAUCCACACAGAGACCAAUCACAAUGCAUUCCAAAGACCAUCAGCUUCCUGUCUAUGAAAGAGCCUCUGGGGAUGAGCUUAGCAUUGUUGGCUCUUUCUCUCUCUCUCCUCACAGUGGUGGUCCUGGUCAUCUUCAUUAAACAUCGGGACACACCCAUUGUCAAAGCAAACAACCGGGACCUCACCUACACUCUCCUCACUUCCCUCCUGCUCUGCUUCCUCUGCCCACUGAUCUUCCUCAGCUCUCCAGAAAGAGUGAGCUGCCUGCUCCGACAAAUAGCUUUUGGCCUUGUUUUCACAGUGACCGUUUCUUGUGUGCUGGCAAAAACUAUCACAGUUAUUCUGGCCUUUGUGGCCACCAAACCUGGAUCCAGAAUGAGGAAGUGGGUGGGGAAAAGUCUGGCAAGCGUCAUUGUGUUUUCGUGUUCCCUUAUCCAAGCGGGCAUUUGCACUGUGUGGUUAGGAACCUCUCCCCCGUUUCCCGAUUCCGACAUGCAGUCUGUGAUGAGGGAAAUCAUUCUAGGCUGUAACGAAGGGUCUGUUGCCCUGUUUUACUGUGUCCUGGGCUACAUGGGCUUUUUGGCCAUUGUCAGCUUUGUUGUGGCCUUUUUUGCCAGGAAACUGCCUGAGAGCUUCAAUGAGGCCAAAUUCAUCACCUUCAGCAUGUUCUUGUUUUGUAGUGUUUGGAUCUCCUUUGUUCCGGUCUACCUGAGCACCAAGGGGAAGUACAUGGUGGCUGUGGAGAUCUUCUCUAUCUUGGCCUCCAGUGCUGGCUUGCUGGGCUCCAUCUUUGCUCCCAAAUGCUACAUCAUUUUAUUGAGGCCUGAUCUGAACAGCAAGGAACAGUUAAUAAAGAGGAAAUAGCAAA